AUAUGAAAUAAGAGAAAAGCAGAAAUGGGGAAGGAAGUGCGUGAAGUGAUGGUGCAGGGCGGUAACGUUGAAUUAAAGGAGUUAUAUGAAAGGGAAGGGAAAGGGUAAAAAUGAGUUGAGUAAUAUCGAGAAUGGGUUUGAUGUCAGUGGUGGAGUGGUGGGUGGUGUACCAGCCAACAAUCCUGAACUUCACAUGGAACCCUCCUCACACACCCUUCUCCUCCCCUCUCUUCCUAUCUCUCUCGAUCAUAACAUACCUCUCACUGACUCUCCUCCUCACCUACCUGAUCCCUCUCCCACUCAUUCCUCCCCGCCUCCUGAAGCCCAUCACCGCCCUCCACAACCUCACCCUCUUCCUCCUCUCCCUCUUCAUGGUCCUGGGCUGCACCCUCACCCUCCUCACCCACACCCCACACCUCCGCUGGGCCAUCUGCUUCCCACCCGCCACACCCCCCUCCGGGCCUCUCUUCUUCUGGGCCUACGUCUUCUACCUCUCAAAGUUCCUCGAAUUCCUUGACACCCUCUUCAUCAUCCUCUCCCGCUCAACCCGACGCCUCUCCUUCCUCCACGUUUACCACCACUCCACCGUCGUUCUCAUGUCCUAUCUCUGGCUCCAAACCUCCCAGUCCCUCUUUCCCGUCGCCCUCCUCACCAACGCCUCCGUCCACGUCGUCAUGUACGCCUACUACUUCCUCACCGCCCUCUCCUUCCGCCCCUCCUGGAAGCGCGCCGUCACCGACUUCCAGAUCCUCCAGUUCCUCUUCAGCUUCGCAAUUUCUGCCCUAAUGCUCCACUACCACUUCACCUCCGGAUGCUCCGGAAUUUGGGGCUGGUGCUUCAAUGCCCUCUUCAACGCCUCUCUUUUGGCCCUUUUUCUUAAUUUUCAUCUCAAGAGUUAUGCUAACAGGAGGAACACCGCCGACAAACGCAUUCUUCACAAGGACUCCUGAUCAUUCUCUCCAGUAAGACGCAAUAUAAUUAUUUAUUUGUUGCAUUUCAGUGACACUGCUACUUGUUUCGUUUUCUUUCUCUUGCCUUACAAUUCAACCCAUGAAGCUUUUUUAUUGUCUAGAUUGAUCAUGUAUUAGUGUUACAAUUACAGUUUAAACCCUCAUACCAGUUGUAUGUUUCAUUCUCCUCCCUGCUUCCAACACCCAAAUGAACGUUUUCCUGGUACGUUUUGGCCGCCACUUUUGUGAUAAAUCUUGAUAAAAAAACUACUACUUCAAGAGGCUA